ACUACCUUUGUUUAAUUGCUGGAUACCUCGUGAAAGUGAGUUUUCACAAAUUCACAAUGUUUACCAUCCAGGUUUUCUGUACAGUUUUUUGGAGCAUUUUCUGAUCCAUUGUGGCUGCAAAUUGGUGCCAUAUGCACAAGUCCACGACCACAACUUAUUUUGUGCAAUAAAACCUGAUCUAAGCUGAACCAGUCAUGUCUUCAUCUGACGGAAAGCUGCGUUACGAUGGUCGCGUGGCGGUAGUAACAGGAGCCGGCGCUGGUUUAGGUCGUGAAUACGCUCUUUUACUGGCUGAGCGCGGCGCCAAGGUUGUAGUGAACGACUUAGGCGGAACCCACUCAGGGGAAGGUGCUUCUCAACGAGCUGCUGAUAUAGUAGUCGAUGAGAUCCGACGUGCUGGAGGACAAGCGGUGGCCGACUACAAUUCGGUUACUGAUGGGGCAAAGGUCAUCGAAACGGCCCUGAAGGCCUUUGGCCGCAUCGAUAUUCUGAUCAAUAAUGCUGGAAUUCUUCGUGAUCGUAGCCUGGCUAAGACCAGUGAGGAAGACUGGAACCUGGUGAACGAUGUGCACUUAAAGGGUAGUUUUAAGUGCACUCAAGCCGCGUUCCCGCACAUGAAGGCCCAAAGCUACGGUCGCAUCAUAAUGACUUCGUCUAAUUCAGGAAUUUACGGAAACUUUGGGCAGGCCAAUUAUUCAGCUGCCAAGAUGGGUCUCGUCGGCCUAGCCAAUACUGUAGCCAUUGAGGGCGCUCGGAACAAUGUUCUGUGUAAUGUGAUCAUCCCAACGGCGGCCAGUCGGAUGACCGAGGGUAUUCUUCCGGAGAUUCUUUUUAACGAGCUGAAACCUAAACUUAUCGCUCCGGUUGUGGCUUACUUGUGCCAUGAGUUCUGUGAGGAUAACGGAAGCUAUAUUGAAAGUGCCGCCGGAUGGGCAACCAAAGUUUACACUGUUCGAGGAAAAGGAGCCGUGCUACGCCCCUCGCUGGAAGACACAGUUACCCCAGAGUAUGUCAAAAAUGUCUGGUCCAAUGUGACGGAUAUGUCUAAGGCUAAACACUUAAACGCUAUCGGAGAAGCCUCUGGAUACCUUUUAGAAGUUCUUGAGAAGAUGAAGGAAUGGGACGCUGACGCAAUAGAGGACUACUUUGAGUUUGACAACAAGGAGCUUAUCUUGUACGCCCUUGGCAUUGGUGCAUCAGUGAAAAACACCGAAGACAUGCGAUUCCUUUACGAAAAUGAUUCUAAUUUCGCAGCCAUUCCAUCUUUUUUCGUGCUACCUGGGUUAUUACUCCAAAUGUCCUCCGAUAAACUGAUCAGCAAAGCCCUGCCCGGCAAGCAAGUUGACUUUUCAAACAUACUGCACGGCGAACAGUACCUGGAAAUUAUCGAUGAUUUGCCUACCAGCGGUACUCUGCUGACUACUGGUAAAGUGUUUGACGUAAUGGAUAAGAGCUCCGGUGCCGUAGUCGUCACAAACUCCGAAUCCUUUGACGAAAGUGGUCGAUUGUUAGUUCGCAACCAGAGCAGCACUUUUGUUGUCGGUGCUGGACAAUUUGGUGGCAAAAAGGAUCCUAUUGCGGGAGUUGUCCCACUGCAGCCGAAUCCCCAAGGCCAGCCAGAUGCUUUUGUUCAUUAUGUCACAAGCAAUGACCAAGCCGCACUCUAUCGCCUCUCUGGCGACCGAAACCCGUUACACAUCGAUCCCCAAAUGGCCUUUUUGGCCGGAUUUAAGACACCUAUUCUACACGGACUUUGCACUUUGGGAUACUCUGUGCGCGCUGUACUUUCGAAGUAUGCAGAAAAUAAUCCAUCUCUUUUUAAGGCUGUAAAAGUUCGCUUUUCGGGACCUGUACUCCCAGGUCAGACUUUGCGGGUGGACAUGUGGCUAAGGGGUACAAGAAUCCACUUCCGCACUGUCGUCGUUGACACAGGCAAGGAAGUUAUCUCGGGCGCCUACGUGGACCUUAAAAGCACUAAAGCAAAGCUAUAAGCACAUCAUAGGGGCUUUUUGACUAUGAUGUACCUCAAUAUGAGGAAAUAGCUUAGUAAAAUUGGUUUGAUUUUGUAAUUAUAUAAAAGCUGUGCAAUAGUUACGGUGGUAGUUUAAUUAUUUGUGUAUUCGUCAAUAAAUUUGUCCACUACAAUUGAAAUUAAAAUUUUGUAGCAUGACAA